AUGACCGUGGGCCGCGCCUUGCCGGAUUUCCCCUUGCCCACGAGCCUCACCGUGGUGGACCACACGGUCAAAAACACUGAUGUGGCGACCUGCUCCGUGCCCUACAUCCUCCCAGCUGCGCCGCAAGCCGCCUUCGACAAUGUGGCACGCUUUGUGGAUUCAGAGCUCGCCGCGAUCAUCGAGAUGUUCAGGGAGGAGAUGGGUCAGGCUACCAGCAUCUGCGGCACGAAACCGCCAAUGGAGCAGCAUCUACACUUGAGGUACUCAGCGGCACCCGCGACGUGCCGCAUUGAGGCUUCAGGGGAAGCAAUGGCAAAGAUGCAUCUGAUGCCGCUGCCGGUGCGGUUCCCGCCGGAAGACUCCCGAUCGAUGUGGAGCAAGUUCAUGUUGCUGGCUCAGGCUCGAAGGCCUGGCAACCAGGAACGUGUUGCAAACGUGGGCUUGGUCUUCUGCGAAACCAUGACUCAGAGGGAUGGCUUGGUCUUGCGUGCUCGGGUGGAGGUUCUUGAGCAGCUUCGAGCUUCGAUGCUGCAGCCGGGGACUUUCACCUACUUCCGAAAGCUGCGAAACUUCAGCUUCAUGGUGACCAGUCCGGCGGCCUCACUCCAGAAGCUGCGGUCUGCGCAGCCCACGCCGCUGUGUCGUGCCCUGUUUUUGGGCGAUGUGCCUCAGGCUUCGCAGAACAAGGCUGAGCUCUUCGAGCGCUUGGACACGUGGGUGAUAGCAAACCCAGAUGCACAGAAGAUGUUCAAUCCGCAGCAGUGCCGCGCCCUUGCGCUCGAAGCUCUCACAGAAGCAGGGCCAGUGGUGGUGCAAGGUCCUCCAGGCACCGGCAAGUCACAUUUGAUCGCCUGCGGGUUGCUACCACAGAUCAUUAGGCGUGGUGGCCGCAUCCUGGUCUUGUGCAACAGCAACGUUGCAGUGGACUCCAUUGGGGAAAGGGUGUUGAGCAACCCGGCAUCCGCUCCUGGAAGCCACUAUGCCUCUGCCAAGUUUCGUUGCCUGCGCGUUGGCUUCGAGAAGAAAGUGUCACAGAAAGUGCUGCUGGCCAAGUGGUUCCGCAAAGAGAAUGGCUUUCACGAUGAGCUUAGAAGUGGCCAGAAGUCAGUUGUGUUUACAACGCUUCACAAUGCUAGUGUGAAGCAUGAGGAGUUUCAGGCAGAAAACUUUGAUGUUCUCAUCCUUGACGAAGCAGGACAGGUUGAGGACAUGAAGCUGUUUAUCCUGGUGCAGAAACUACCUAGCCUAAAGAAGGUGAUCCUCGUCGGCGAUCACAAGCAGCUGCAACCUUAUGUGAGCGACGGUGUGCGCGAGCAGGGGUAUGGCAGAAGCACAAUGGAGCGGCUGAUUUCGUGUGAGCUCACGCCAGCGCCCGGGAAAGAUAGCUCUGCUCUCGGCCACCCUGUUGAUUACAUCAUGCUGGAAGAGCAGCACCGCAUGCCCCCGACAGUGCGCAACAUUGUCAGCCAGCUCUUCUAUGGCAGCAAGUUGCGGGACGGACCGAACAUCUUGAUGAAAUACUGCCAGCCUGGCAAAACUGCGAAGCCUACGGUCGUUGCAUUCGACCUGUCUUUUGGUGCAACGGAGUUCAAUCCGUUCCAGCGUUCCUUGGAGAAUAGCGAUGAGGCUGCCAUCACGAAGAUGAUUUACGACCGUCUUUUGAAGGCCCCGGGAACUGCUUACACGACACGUGACAUCUGCGUGCUGUCGCCAUACAACCGGCACAAGAACCGCCUGCGAACAGUGAUCGCGGGUAUUCCGGAGGCUGAUUGGGCAAAGUGGGAGAACCUGGAUACGGAUGUUGCCAUGGACUCCAGCAUGGAUUCAAAAACAGCUGCAGUUCGCAACAUUGACACGGUUGACAAGUUCCAAGGCUCGGAACGUGAAGUUGUCAUCAUCAACACCGUCACUGGUGGCUCCACGCGAGCAAGCGCCGGCACGGGUCAGGAAACCAGCAAGCGAGCCAACGACCCACACUUUAUCAAUGUGGCCAUCAGCCGAUGCAAGGGCAUGUUGGUGCUGAUUGGCAAACUUUCGCAACUUGGUGGCAGCUGGCAAGUUAUCAUGGAGAAUCUGCAGCAGCAGGUGCAGGCACGGAGCAGGGAGGCGGACAUCCUCGUGAUUCCUUGUGGAUCGGUGGAAGAUGCGAGGAACGGAGUGGAGGCAUUUUUCGCUUCCAUGGCCACCACCAGAGAGGGUGGAUCUCUGGAAGGACCAGAUGCAAAGAGACUUCGUGCCACCAUGUAG